UUGUUGUCACUUGGAGGAGAAAAACUGAUUUGGGAAGGGAAGAUAAAGGGAAGGUCAUACAGAAAGAACCCUGUUUGCCUUCAUAUUUGUUCAGCAAACCCAUUCCAAGUUGGGCGGGGAAGUUAAAGCCGACGUUAAACCGCAUUUCCGCUCCAUAGACUACAAUCUGGGCCAGCGGGCGAGGCAUUUGAGAAUGAGGAGUGGAAGGCACAGCAGCGGGAAACACCCUCCUUUUGGCACUUGUCGCCUCCAAAACAAGUUUUCCACGUCGGAAUCAAAAAGGGCGCGAAAUCCCGGGUGCAGUUUACAAUGGAGGUGACAGAGCACAGACUUUCUUUCCAGCACCUUGCGUUGUCGAGUUAGCAGAAGCGCUUGGAAGCAAAAUAAGGUCAGGUUGGAGGCAAGAAAAAGGAGCUUUGUGCUCCCACAGCCAGCCACUGCUCCCCGCCCAGAUGGAGCCUUCAGGAUGGGGCUCCCUCGCCUCCAGAUGAAGCGCUUUCCUCGAGGAACGAGCCCCGUCCGCGCCUCGAGCGAGCGCCCUCCCGCCUCGAGCCAAACAAGAAGGCUCCUGUUGGUGCGCGCGAGGGAGUCCGCCUCGCGCGCAAUGAGGAAGCGAAACUCGGGGCUCCGGGGCAGCCAAUCAGAGGCCCGCCUUGGUCUGGACGGCGGGGGGAUUGGUCAAAACGCGCCAGACCUGCGCUCCACUCGAGAGAAAUGAAGGAUGGCCGAAGGAAGCCGGAUUCCCUAUAGGACCACAGGCUCGACCCUCUUGCACCCGGUCAGCCUCCUCCUGGGCAUCCCGCUGGAUCAGGUCAAUUUUUUUGCAUGUCAGCUCUUUGCACUCUUGGCUGCAUUUUGGUUUCGGUCGUACUUAAGUCCCAGUCAUGUCAGCUCUGGUGUUCGCCAUGCUUUUGCCACCAUUUUUGGAUUAUAUUUUGCUGUCUUCUGUUUUGGUUGGUACUCCAUCCAUAUUUUUGUUCUAGUGAUGAUAAGCUACAGCAUCAUGGUCCUGGCUAGUAUUCCGAACAUUCACAGGUACUCUUUUAUGGUAGCUAUGGGAUAUCUCACAUUGUGCCACGUUAGCCGGAUAUACAUAUUCAGUUACGGUAUUCUUACUACAGAUUUCUCUGGCCCAUUGAUGAUCAUAACACAGAAGAUCACAAUUCUUGCCUUCCAGGUACAUGAUGGAAUUGGUCGAAAAUUGGAAGAACUAACUAAAGAACAGAAGGAGCUUGCUAUAAAAACAAAACCUUCUUUACUGGAGUAUUUGAGCUAUCAGCUCAAUUUCCUGAGUAUCCUAGCAGGCCCAUGUAGCAAUUACAAGGACUACAUAGCCUUCAUUGAAGGCAGACAUGUGCAGAUGAAGUUGUUAGAGGUCAACUGGAAGGAAAGAAAUUGUGAAAGACUUCCUGACCCUUCUCCAGUGGGAGCAGUGCUGCACAAGCUUGGUAUCACACUUGUAUCACUGCUUUUGUUCCUAACACUUAGCAAGAACUUCCCAGCGACAUCUCUUGUUGAUGACCAAUUUAUCAACAAGUCCUCGUUCUUGUCAAGACUUGGCUUCCUGUAUCUUGUUAUGCAAGCUUCAAAGCCAAAAUACUAUUUUGCAUGGACACUUGCGGAUGCAAUCCACAACGCUGCUGGUUAUGGGUUCAGUGGUGUUGAUGAGAAAGGCAAUUUCCAUUGGGACUUGCUGUCUAAUCUGAAUAUCAGAAACAUUGAGAUGGCAACAAGUUUUAAAAUGUAUAUAGAAAACUGGAAUAUCCAAACCACUGCUUGGCUUAAACGCGUGUGCUAUGAUCGUGCUCCUCAGUACCGCACAGCUUUAACAUUUCUUCUAUCAGCUAUUUGGCAUGGUGUUUACCCCGGCUAUUAUUUUACAUUUAUCACUGGCAUUUUUAUGACACUAGCAGCCAGAGCGGUAAGGAACAAUUGUCGACACUUCUUCGUGUUCCCAAAGUCUCUCAAGAUGAGCUAUGACAUUGCCACAUGGCUGGUAACUCAGUUCGCUGUCUGCUAUACAGUUGCGCCAUUUGUCCUCUUAGCUGUGGAGCCUACAGUUAAACUGUACAAGUCACUAUAUUUCCAUAUGCAUGUUCUAUGUGUACUUGUAUUGCUCAUCCUGCCCAUCAAAUGUCCGAAACACAUAAAAAAGGAGCAAGUUGCAUUUCAAGGAACAAAUCACUUUGCAAUAAACAGGAAGCAAAAAUGAUCCUUCAAAAGGGAAUUGCUCACCGUCUCCUGUGCGAAGCUGGAAGUACAAGGAAUACACCGCUUUUUAAAAGACAGAACAAAACUUUACAGAUUUAAUGGUCGAACUUUGUUCCUGGAUAAUGUUUACAUUCUUGAAUGGAAAAGAUAAUAGCUUUUAUACUGUAUAUGUGUGUGUUAAAGAAAAUGUUUCUAAUGUAUUUAAUUUUUUGUAAAUAUUUUUCAAUCCCUAAUCUCUGACUUAAUUAGCCAGUAUGUUUGAAAUGAAGAAAAGGUUGAUUUGCUGGGUUUGUAUAUUGGCGUUGUCAAUGCCAAAAAGCGUUUUUUCUCUUUCAACCAUCCCACACCCCAUCUUUAUGAACCAAUUAAAGACAGAUUAUAUAUCUGUAAUGUCCUGAAUAGGGGAUGGAAGACUUUCAUUGAUGCUUUCCGUUACUACUCCAAAAAGGGCUAAGUGUUUGUGACAUCUUCCGCAAUUUUGUUGGUGGAUUUUCCAAAGUGAAAUGUUUUGGAACUGUUAAUGUAUAAGAAAAACAGCUGAAAGUCUGUGGAAGUCAUCAUCAGAUAACAAGAGAAUCAUGGAACACUGAAUAUCAUUCCCCACAUUGUUAAAAUAAAUGUAAACACAGUAUAUACUCAAAUAUAAGCUGAGCUUUUCAGCUGUUUUUAGGGCUGAAAAAGCCCCCCACAGCUUAUACUUGAGUGAGGGUCCUGGCCGGCUUAUAUUCAGGUUGGACUAUACUUGAGUAUAUAGAUAAUCAGAGUUGGACAGUCUUAUUUUAUUAAAGUCUUAUUAUAUUAAAUUACAAUUUUAUGUAAAUAUUCAGAAACAUUUAACCUACUGAUGCCUCAAUUAAUGUAAUUUUAUUUUUAUUUUUGAAAUUUACCUGUAGCUGCUGCAUUUCCCACCCUCGUCUUAUACUUGAGUCAAUAAGUUUUCCCAGUUUUUGUGGUAAAAUUAGGUGCCUUGGCUUAUAUUUGGGCCGGCUUAUGUUCGAGUAUAUACGGUAUAUUUGUAUUGAAAUGAGAGAAUAAGGAAUGCUUGGAAAACUUUACCAAACCUCCCUUCAUAUUUCGUCUGUAUGCUCAACAUUGAAGGUGGGAAUUUCCACACUUCCCCAGACAUGUUUAACUGGUGCUCUAUAUUUGUCUGAUGUCGCCUGCAUCAGUCAUUCCUUAGUAUAAUUAGACACAUAAAGACAAAUUACUUGGAUAAUUGAAAUUAACUCAGGGAAACUUUGUAUUAAAGCACUUGGGUCGACCUUUUCAAACUAUGUGCCUUUGAACUUACCUGAAGUUUAAAACAAUGCUUUUGCAUUUUUUUUAAAAAAAACUAGAUUAUUUCCCCAUGUUGAUUUUUUUAAAAAUAAGAAUUUUUUAUUGUUAUAUGGAACAGGGCAAAUUAAAAAUAAUUGAACAGGAUUUUGAGUGUGUCUUUUAAUUAAUACUUGCGGUAAAUAGGAGACAUGUUUUGAUAAUAUCUCUAUCCUUAAUAUUUUUUAUGCCUGGGACAUAAAAAAUUGUUUCCUGAAUUACUCAUUUUCAGUCAUGGAGAAGUCCACAAACACACAGUGAUUCCUCUCCAAAGUAUGAUGUCUCCAAAGAUGGGCAUUCCUGGCUAGUAGUUGAUGAUAGAUUUGAACUCUGUAAAACUGUCACAUACUUUUUCUUAUUAAAAACAAAAAAUUUAAA